AGCUGGGAAGAGAGUCAAGAUGGCGGCGAAAUCCGAUGGCGGUGGCGUGGGGGUGGGCUUCGCCCAGCUGCACAACCUGGACGAGGCGGUGGGCAGCGGCGGCGAGGAGGACGGGGAGCCCGGGGGAGGCGGCUGCGGCGGCGGCGGCGACGGCAGCGAGCCCGGCGAGAGCAGCUCGCUGCACAUCUGCCACUGCUGCAACACCUCCUCGUGCUACUGGGGCUGCCGCUCCGCCUGCCUGCGCUCCCUCCUGGGCAAGAAGCCGCGCCGCAGCGCCGCCGCCGCCGACGGGGGGGACCAGCCGCUGCAGCCACCCGCGGCCGCCGGCGCCGACCGCCACCCCCCGACGCCCUCGGCCGCGCGUCCGCAGCCGCCGCAGGUGGAGCGGCCGUGGCUCGACUGCCUGUGGAUCGUGCUGGCGCUGCUGGUCUUCUUCGGGGACGUGGGCACCGACCUGUGGCUGGCUCUCGACUACUACCGCAAGGGGGACUACGGUUACUUUGGGCUGACCCUCUUCUUCGUGCUGGUGCCGUCGCUGCUGGUGCAGAGCCUGAGCUUCCGCUGGUUCGUGCAGGACUACACGGGCGGCGGGCUGGGCGCCGUGGAGGGGCUCAGCAGCCGGGGCCCCCCCAUGAUGGGGGCCGGCUACGGCCACGGCGCGGCCCGUGGCGGCCCGGGCGCGGGGGGCUCGGCCACGCCGGGGGCGCAGCGCCUGUGCCGCCUCUCCGUGUGGAUCUGGCAGUCGGUCAUCCACCUGCUGCAGAUGGGGCAGGUGUGGAGGUAUAUCCGCACCAUGUACCUGGGGAUUCAGAGCCAGCGGCAGAAGGAACACCAGCGACGCUUCUACUGGGCUAUGAUGUACGAAUAUGCAGACGUCAACAUGCUGCGCCUCCUGGAGACCUUCCUGGAGAGCGCCCCCCAACUGGUGCUACAGCUCUGCAUAAUGAUCCAGAAGAACAGCGCUGAGACGCUGCCCUGUGUCUCCUCUGUGACCUCCCUGAUGUCCCUGGCUUGGGUGCUAGCCUCCUAUCACAAGCUGCUGCGGGACUCCAGGGACGACAAGAAGAGCAUGAGCUACAGAGGGGCCCUCGUCCACCUCUUCUGGCGCCUCUUCACCAUCUCAUCCCGAGUUAUCUCUUUUGCCCUCUUUGCUUCCAUCUUCCAGCUCUACUUCGGGAUCUUCGUGGUGGUGCACUGGUGCGCCAUGGCCUUCUGGAUCAUCCAUGGCGGGACAGACUUCUGCAUGUCCAAGUGGGAGGAGAUCCUCUUCAACAUGGUGGUAGGGAUUGUGUACAUUUUCUGCUGGUUUAACGUCAAGGAAGGGCGGACUCGAUAUCGAAUGUUUGCAUAUUAUACGAUAGUCUUGACCGAGAAUGCUGCCUUGACGUUCCUUUGGUAUUUUUACAGAAACCCGGAGACCACUGACUCCUACGCGGUGCCAGCACUGUGUUGUGUCUUUGUGAGUUUUGUGGCUGGGAUCGCACUGAUGCUCUUAUACUAUGGCGUGCUGCAUCCCAUGGGGCCACGGGCUAAGGUCUUUGCCAGCUCCUGUUGUGCCGAGCUGCUCUGGGGCAUCCCUUUGCCCCCCGAUGUUGAGCCCAUGGCACCUCAGACCCCUGGGUACCGGGGGACCCAGGUCACGCCCACCAGAGCCGUGACGGAACAACAGGAGGAUCUCACGGCUGACACUUGCUUGCCCGUUUUCCAAGUGAGACCCAUGGGGCCCGCUACCCCGUCGGGGCGUCCUUACCACCCAGAAGGGCCCCUCAUUAAGAUUGACAUGCCAAGAAAGAGGUACCCAGCUUGGGAUGCUCACUUUGUGGACAGGAGGCUGAGAAGGACUAUUAACAUCCUACAGUAUGUCACACCCACGGCAGUAGGCAUUCGCUAUCGGGACGGGCCACUCCUCUAUGAGUUGCUACAGUACGAGUCUUCACUCUAAGGGCACCUUGACCCAAGUUGAGAAGGGGACCUUAAGUUUGGUCUGCGGUCAAUGCCGCCUGCAAGAAAUAUAACCCUCCCUUCCCCCAACACACAGAACCACCACACACCACCACCACCACCACCACGACCACCACCACCACCACCACCACCACCAGAGAAUUAAGUCACGUCCCCUUCAGAUAAGCUUUCUUUCCAGUCGCCGUAUGUAUACAAAGAUAUUCUCUAUGUUUUGUAAGUAAAAACAAAAAGAAAACCUUUCUUUUGUUUUUUACACAUAAGAAACAGUAUUGAAAAAUCCCACACUAUGAUUCCUGGGGUGGAGGAGGAGGCGUGGCCUCUGCUCCAAAAGAAAAAAAAGUUUUAUACCUUACACCAAGUGUAGAUCAUUUCCGGGAUUGGUGCUGAUUGAAAGAACAAAACAAAACAAAAACAAACAAACAAACAAACAAAUAAACAACCUUCAACUGCCUUAUGCCCUUAGGUGCUGAGUUUCAUUAAGUACUGUCACGUUUUCUCACGCAAAACUCUCUGGUGACUUUUGCACCAGGAGAGGAGAAAUUUCAACAAUCAAAUGAAACAAAUCUACAAACGAAACAAACAAACAAACAAAUCCAACAAUACAAAGCAAUCAUUCUUCCUAUCUAUCUGAUUAUUUGUAUUGAGGAAAACAAAUUUACCAAAAGCAAAGGCAUAGAAACCCCUCCCUCCGUUUGGUUUCUCCCGAUACUCUCCCGUCCCUGCCGCACUUCACUGAGCCUUCUAGGAGCCCAAGAGCCGUUUGGGUCUCAAAUGGCUAGAAAAGCUGCUUGAAGGCUGACUAUGUGCCAUUUUAGCAUUCACCUAGCAAGAUGCAUUUGUUUCCUGGUGAAAAGCAAAACAGAACAAAACAAAAAGCCACCCUACUAAUGUAGUAAGGUCAAGAAAUUCUAAAGCAAAUCAGAGGAGACUUCCAUAUACGCCAUCAAAAAUAACCAGUAAUAAUAAAACUCAGCAUAGUAGCAAAAAGAACGACAUCAACUUAAAGGCACAAUACUUAACCCGUGACUGGCAACACUGAUCUCUUCCAUCACUUUAAGGCUGAGAACGGUGCGCAUUCACCCCAUGCGACAGUGUGUAAGGCCUCUUCUGUUUCCAUUCAGUGGGAAGCCUUAAACUGAUCUGGAAAGAAUUAUUCAUUUUUCAUUUGUGCUUUUUUCUUUUUCUAUUCUUUUUUUUAAACAUAACACAAAGAGGAAAACUAGAACAUAUAUAUAUGUGUGUGUGUAUAUAUAUGCAUAUAUAUAUAUAUAUACAUACAUAAAAAAUCAAAUUGUAAUAACUGACCCAUUUCAAAGACUGUUUGGUGCUUCUGUCAUUGUGGUUGGCUGAAAAUCAUUCAGCUCACCUGGUGCAUCUGGGUUGCAUGGGAAAUUUAUGUGUUUUGUGUGUGUGUGUGUGUGCCCAUAGCACGUGUGUGUGUGUGUAUGUGUGUGUGUGUCCCUGUUGCAAGGUCUUGCCAGAAAUACGCAAAGCUAAUGUGAAGCAGAUGCUGUUGUGACUUUGGAGGGGCAGCUCCAGGGGCCAGGGCUGGGUGGCAGGAGGCUGCCUGUGUGGAGGCCCCUCCCUGGAGAGUGGCCUCCACUAGCUGCAAAGGCUGGUGUUCGAGGUCGUGUUAUUUGGGUGAGAAUUUAAAUCAACUAUUGAUUUUCUCAUUGUAUUGAGUUGAUUUCUGGAGGUGUUGCAAGUAUGUUCAACCAUUUGUACAAUUUUUAUUUUUGAACUGUUAUUCCUUUAAGGACUAUUUCUGUUCUGGGGCAUCAUUUCAAAUACCAUUGUAUCUCUACUUGGGCACAAAAAAAAAAAAAAAAA